AAGCCUGCUGAUUGGAAGUAUCAAGCAGCCGUAUGUUCCUCCUGGUCCACAAUGAGUUGUUGUGUGAAGGUGGACUUACUUGUUCCGCUACCAGACAACAAAGCCUGUACAAAGAGCAUGGAUGAGUGUCUUAAAGAGGGACUGAAAGUGUGGACGUACCAGAUUGAGAAUGCAGUCUGUUUGAUUGAUGGUAUCCAGCUGCCCGAUGAUGCAGAACUCACAGCAGGACAGAAGAGGAAUGUGAGACAGGUGCUCACCGCUCAGCUGCUCGUCACACCGGCACAACAGGACACUUUAAGAGACGUGGUCCAGCGGUGUGGAGGCGCCUUGUCUGUCAGAGGAGCCAUCCACAGUCGAGCUUACGUACACAACAACAAACCAAAGGCCAAACUGGCUGAGAAGAUUCUGAAGAAAGAUGUGGUCUCUACGAUGGUCACGAGAGUUCAGAUGCUGCUUGAUGAGCUUUUGGCUCCAGAAGAUGAGAGCAAGGGAGUCGGCACAGACAAACCGGGGACGGGUACUUCUCCGCACCUCUGGCCUCAUUUACUUUGUUUAAUCAUCAAUCCACUCCAUCGCGUCCGCUCGCUUUCCUCUACCAAACAUAUGGUUUGGUCAUGCGUUACAUACUGACUUUUGAAAGAGGUAUAAGUGCCCCCUUGAUGAAUUAAAAAAA